AUGGCCCUCCGCGUUCUCGUCCUCGGCAGUGGAGGGCGUGAACAUGCGCUGGCUUGGAAGCUCGCGCGCUCCGAGAUCGUGGCGCACGUAUAUGUCGCGCCUGGUAACGGCGGUACAGCAUCGGGCUCGAGCAAGAUCACGAACGUCACGCUUGACAUAGAAAAAUUUGAUACACUCACUGCUUGGGCUGUAGACACUCGCAUCGAGCUAGUGAUACCCGGCCCCGAACAGCCACUUGUCGAUGGCGUCGAGGGCUACUUUCGUAAAGUUGGAAUACCCGUCUUCGGACCCAGCGCUCUCGCUGCGCGCAUGGAGGGAUCAAAGGCCUUCUCCAAAGAGUUCAUGCAUCGACAUCAUAUCCCCACCGCUGCAUUCCGUACAUUCGCCGCCGCGCAAUAUGGUGCAGCAGUCGAGUACGUCAAGACCUGUGGUCACCCUGUGGUUUUGAAGGCGAGCGGACUGGCUGGGGGGAAGGGAGUCCUCAUCCCUGAGGAUGCGGAUGCUGCCAUCUCUGGUUUACGCGAUAUCAUGGUAGAUAAAGCCUUCGGCGAAGCCGGCAGCGAAGUCGUGGUAGAAGAGCUAUUGCAGGGCCCGGAAGUCUCUGUUCUGGCAUUCUCAGACGGGUAUACUGUCGUUCCUUUACCAGCGGCGCAGGACCACAAACGUAUCGGUGAAGGGGACAGUGGUUUGAAUACUGGUGGGAUGGGCGCUUAUGCACCAGCUCCCGUUGCGACACCCGCUAUCAUGGAACAAAUCAUGAAGACAGCCAUACAGCCUACCAUCGACGGGAUGAGACGUGACGGUUACCCCUUUGUCGGUAUGCUCUUCACCGGAUUCAUGUUGACCCCAAAUGGGCCGAAAGUGCUGGAAUACAACGUUCGUUUUGGCGACCCUGAGACGGAGGCGUUGAUGUUGCUUUUGAGCGACGAGACAGAUCUCGCGGCCGUGCUUCUCGCUUGUGUCGAACAUCGCCUGGACUCCGUGGCCAUUCGAAUCCGAUCAGGUGUAGCCGUCUCUGUAGUACUGGCAUCAGCUGGCUACCCUGGGAGCUAUUCUAAAGGCAAGGAGAUCACCAUCGGCGAGACGCCUUCCAACGUCGUCGUUUUCCAUGCUGGAACAUCGUCGUCGAACGGCAUUGUCAAGACCGCAGGCGGUCGUGUCAUCGCUGUAACCGCGUUCGCGCCCACAUUGAACGAGGCUUUGCAAUCCGUGUAUACUGGCGUCGAAAACGUCAACUUCGAGGGCAAAACCUACCGCCGUGACAUUGCACAUCGGGCACUGAAGGACCGCGCUCAGGAAAGAGACCAUGGUUUGACAUAUGCGCAAGCGGGCGUCUCGGUUGACGCAGGGAACGCGCUUGUUGAGGCCAUCAAACCGCUUGUCAAAGCUACCCGCAGACCAGGUGCAGACGCGGACAUCGGUGGUUUUGGCGGUGUUUUCGAUCUCAAGGCGACCGGCUUCCGUGAUCCGGUGCUUGUCAGCGGUACUGAUGGCGUCGGGACAAAGCUGCGGGUUGCAGUUGAAACUGGUAUCCACCAUCUUGUCGGUAUCGACCUUGUAGCGAUGAGCGUCAACGAUCUCAUCGUGCAGGGUGCGGAGCCUCUAUACUUCCUUGACUAUUACGGAUGUAGUUCGCUUGAAGUCGAAGUCGCCACUAAGGUCGUGAGUGGGAUCGCGGAAGGCUGCCGUCAGGCAGGCUGCGCUCUCAUUGGCGGCGAGACAGCAGAAAUGCCUGGAAUGUAUGCGCCUGGGGACUACGACCUUGCUGGUUUUGCUGUGGGUGCCGUGGAGCGCGAUCAGAUCUUGCCUCGGCCGGACAUUGCGCCAGGAGACGUUUUGCUUGGAGUACCGUCUUCUGGCUUGCAUUCAAAUGGGUUUUCGCUUGUCCGCAAGGUCAUCGAGAGGGCGGGCCUCUCGUAUAAAUCAACCUGCCCUUGGGACGAGAAAAAGAAGCUCGGUGAAGCCCUGCUCGAGCCUACGCGCAUAUACACACGCAGCCUAAUUCCUGCAGCAAAAUCUGGCUUACUCAAGGGCAUGUCACAUAUCACCGGCGGCGGCUUUAUCGAGAACAUCCCUAGGGUGUUACCCGUUGGAACGGGUUGCACAGUGGACGCUAGCGCCUACCAGUUGCCACCUGUCUUCGCCUAUCUUAUGCGGGCCGGCGGCAUUUCCCCUACGGAGAUGGCGCGCACUUUCAAUUGUGGUGUUGGGAUGGUCCUUGUAGUCUCCAAGGACAGAGUGGGGGCUGUGUUGGAGAGCUUGAAGCAGGCUGGAGAAUCGCUCGUUUACACUCUUGGCGAGAUCACAGACAAGCCAGGCGUCGAGAUGCUCAACUUGGAAUCUUGGGCAUGA